CGGUGAAAACUAGCAGCUGAAGUUACUCGAUAUUAAGGCGCAAAAUGUCGCAGCGGAAUUUGUUACGCGGCGCAUCCCGUGCGUUGGCGGGGCUGCAAUCAGCAGCCCGGGGCAGUGCCGGCAGCAGCCAUGGAAGCUCUAGCUUUAUGCUUAACUCCUUAGCAGGAAAGCUACAAACUGGGUCUGCCACACGCUGCCAAGCUGUGAUGGGGAGCCUUCGGUCGUGCGGAGUUCAGGUACCUGCUGCGCCAACUUACGCCCCGAUGGGCUUUGCGGCGUCAGCGCCAUCAGUGACCGGCUCGCUAUCCGUUCUGGGAUCCGUCGCACAGCAUCGCGGCGUUGCAACGACAGACAGCGCUGAGGAUGGCGAUGGCGAGGACGGAGUAAGAUGCAACCUAUUUACGGCACCUCGCGAUACGCAGAGCGCCCUUAAAGUAAAUACAUCUGGCGACAAGCCUCCAGACGACUUAUAGCACCUACAUCAUGAGCAGCGCGACACCCCGAAGGAGGAGUGAGGUACAAGCAGACCUGUCAUGAUUCAUCAUUCGACAUUCUAAGCAAGCUUUGCGCAGCUUUGCUUUGCUCUUGGAACGCAGGGGACAAGUGCAGGCAGUGCCCGCUGCCCCAGUUAUCCCGUUAGCUGGGGUUGAGACGAUGCAACGUAGCCCACUUGGUGCGACAUGGCACUCAAUGGGCGCCUCAUGACGGGGCAUCACCGCGGGGCCUUGUGCCGCUGUGUUCUGGGCGAGACGCGUACGAUAUAGCUCGCAUGUACAGACGGUGUUUAAGUUGUAGGACACCCAAACACGAGCAGCAUGGGGCAAACCAUGCCAUGCUGAGGGCUACCAAGUCCCUGCGGCUGCUCUCGUCGUGAGGAGGAUUGAGAUCCCAUUGGGCGACUGCGCACUGUGAAGGGCGUGCCUUCGAGGCUUACUGGCCAUGGGCUUUGACAUCGUCGCCUGUUUGCUUGGGUUGCUUUCCUUCAUCAUCAGUUUUUUGCAUGCUAUCGACACUGUCAUACUGCAUAACGGUCAGCAAUGUGCGGACGGUUAGGGACGGUGUGGAGUGCUAAGGCCGAGUGCGUAGCCUGGGGCAGCUGCUGCACGGUUAUGGCCACUGCAUUUUUGCAUUUUUGAAGACGGUGUCGUUGCGGGCCUGUCGUGGAUGUUCGUGUCGCUGCUGACUCAUGAUACGGGUUUAUCGGGAGCUAUAGGGGGGUUUAGGUUUGACCAGGAGUAGACUCACUCCUGUUGCCAGGCGGCUCGCCCCAUCUGGGUUCUUCCUGCGCAGGGAAGUGGUGGUCUCUCUGUCCUUGUGCAAUGGCUGUUUGGGGCAGGAAACCCGGGAGUAAGACG